ACCUCCGCCACACGAACCCUCUUCCAUUCCAAGAAUCAUACUAGAUCCAACAGUAACAAACAACACCACCACAACAAACACAAUCAUGGCGGUCCGCGCAUCUUUCGAGAACUCCAAUGAAGUCGGCGUCUUCUCCACCCUCACAAACUCCUACGCCCUCGUCGCCGUCGGCGCCUCCGAAAACUUCUACUCCAUCUUCGAAGCCGAGCUCCAAGACGUAAUCCCCAUCUGCCACUGCACCAUCGCCGGCACCCGCAUCAUCGGGCGCCUCACAGCCGGCAACAAAAACGGCCUCCUCGUCCCGACCUCGACCACCGACCAAGAACUGCAACAUCUCCGCAACUCCAUCCCCGACAGCGUCAAGAUCCAAAGAAUAGAAGAGCGCCUCUCCGCGCUGGGAAACGUCAUCUGCGCAAACGACCAUGUCGCGCUGGUACAUCCUGAUUUGGAGAGGGAGAGCGAAGAGAUCAUUGCGGACGUGCUGGGCGUGGAGGUGUUCCGACAGACGAUUGCGGAUAAUGUGUUGACGGGGUCGUACAUGUCUCUCUCAAACCAGGGCGGGAUUGUGCACCCGAAGACGUCGAUUCAAGAUCAGGAUGAGCUGUCGAGUUUACUGCAGGUGCCGCUCGUGGCAGGCAGUGUGAAUCGUGGUAGCCCGGUCGUUGGUGCGGGCAUGGUGGUCAACGACUGGAUGGCUGUGACGGGACUGGAUACCACCGCGACGGAGCUGAGCGUUAUCGAGAGCGUCUUCAAGCUGGGAGAGGGCAUGGGACCGAGCUCGAUCAAUACGACGAACAAGGAGACUAUGGUGGAGUCAUUCUACUGA